AUGUCACCAAGGACACGGAAACUUAUCAAACUGUCCGUCUUAUGUACCUUUAUAUUAUGGCCUUUAGGUGUUCUUUCCGGUUUUAUCGCCACGUUUUUCCCAAAAACUGACACAACUGGUACUGCCUUGAUCGGUUUCAUUGACGAUACAAAUUCCACCAUUACUACUCUCAACUAUGAAACAAACUUCGCAACUAAUGGUUCAUCCGAGAUUACUGAUCUCUCAGGACUUGCUGAUCAAAUUGCGAAAAAGUACAGCGUGUCCCGGAAUAUGGUACGAGUACUUUCAGCUCGAUUCGUUCAAUCUCUCAUUUUGACCACAAAAACACCACAAAGCGCGCCGACCACUACCGACACAAACCUAAAGCUGAAAACGGUAUUGACGAUUGAAACCGAACUUAACUAUCCAAGUUCAUGUCAUCAAGUAACAGCGUGUACCAACCGUUAUAUAACUAACAUCCAAAACACAAUUCAAAGGUCUGAUUCAGCCGUUACCUUCGCGAUAUCACUUAGUAGCGGUAUCAGCCUCAAUCUUGGCGUCACUUUUUCUUCAUUCAAGGUAACCGAACCGACUACUACAACCACCGCCACCACCACUACCACAACACAAACAACAGACACUACUAUUACGACUACACAAACCACUACUACCACUACUACCACUACAUCUACCACUAUCACUACUACUACGACCUCUACUACUACUACCACUACGGCUACAGAAACUACUACUACCGCCACUAUCACUACUACUACGACCACUACUACUACCGCCACUACCACUACUACUACUACCACUACGACAGCAGAAACUACUGCAACAGCUACUACCACUACUACAACCAACACUACUACUACCGCCACUAUCACUACCACUACGACCACUACGACUACAGAAACUACUGCUACCGCUACUACCACUACCUCUGCAGAAAACACCGCUACGAGUACAGAAACUAUUACUAGUGCUAACACUGUGGAACCCGCUACUACCACUACGACUACAGAAACUAUCACCACCACUACCACAACGGAAACCACUACUACCAAUACCUCUACAGAAACUACCACUACGACUACAGAAACUACUGCUACCACUACUUCUACAGAAACCACCACUACCAGUACGGACACCACCACUAUCACUACGAAGACCACUACUACCAUUACUACUACCACCGCAGGAACUACUGCUACCGCUACGGAUACCACUAUAGAAAUUACCACUACCAAUACGGAAACCACUAUUACCACUACCUCUACAGAAACCGCCACUACGACUACAGAAGCCACAACUACCACUUCGGAUACCACUACUAAGGCUACCACUACCACAACAGAAACCUCUACGGAAACCGCUGCUACGACCGCGACCACGGAAACCACUGCGACCACAACGACGACGGAAACCGCUGCUACGACCGCGACCACGGAAACCACUGCGACCACAACGACGACGGUGACCACUGCUACGACCGCGACCACGGAAACCACUGCGACCACAACGACGACGGUGACCACUGCUACGACCACGACCACGGAAACCACUGCGACCACAACGACGACGGUGACCACUGCUACGACCACGAUGACGGAAACCACUGCUACGACCACGACCACGGAAACCACUGCGACCACAACGACGACGGUGACCACUGCUACGACCACGACCACGGAAACCACUGCUACGACCGCGACCACGGAAACCACUGCGACCACAACGACGACGGAGACCACUGCUACGACCACGACGACGGAAACCACUGCGACCACAACGACGACGGAAACCACUGCUACGACCACGACCACGGAAACUACUGCUACCACUUCUACUACCAGUACGACUACGACUACUACCACUACCACUACUAGUACUACUACUACCACGACCACGGAAACUACUACUACCACUACGACUACCACUUCUACUACCACUACGACUACCACUUCUACUACCACUACGACUACCACUUCUACUACCAGUACGACUACGACUACUACCACUACCACUACUAGUACUACUACUACCACGACCACGGAAACUACUACUACCACUACGACUACCAUUUCUACUACCAGUACGACUACGACUACUACCACUACCACUACUACUACCACUACCACUACCACUACUACUACCACUACUACUACCACUUCUACUACCAGUACGACUACGACUACUACCACUACCACUACUACUACCACUACUACGGGAGCUAUGAGUAAGUCAAGUGUAUUUUUGUGGAUAUAUCAUUGUAACAGGCUAGUGCAUCUUUGCACGAGCUGUUUUCAUUUUGUAUUCCGCAGUUGUGCAGUCGUGGCGAUUUCAGAUCGUUCGAAGCACUGAUCGAGCAACUAAGAACGUAGGGUGCGAGAUCAUGUUUUUCUCUUGUUAUUAUUAAAAGGCACUUCUGUGUAAGAAGCCAAUGUUACAUCUGUCGAGAAAAGAAAACGCUUUUCAGACUUAACCUUAACGGUUUACGUUAACGUUAAUAGUGACGGUUAAUGGGUUGCAGCUAAGCAUUAUUUUCCACUCAAUUAACUGAUAAACGGUUAAAUAAUCAUAAUGUAUGGUCCUUUCUGACAAGUAAUUAUCUAUAGGACCCAGCAAUAAUUACAUGUCCCCUGGUAAGAUACUCAUCACUCAGGUUAUUGCGAUCGUGGGAACGAGUCUUGGAAAAAGCGUUUAUUCCAAGGUGCAUUCCCGCGAAGUCUGAUUGGGCGAUUUCCGCCAAUCAGCGAUCAACGCGAUUUUUUCAAAAAGUUAUUUUCGCUGGAAAUCGACUAGGGAGGCCUUAUACAAUGACGUUCUUUUGACCUCCAGAGAUCUGCAUUGGUUGUUAAUUUUCUUUGAAGGAGGCAGUGUUUUACUCCGGUUGUGCGAUAUUAGCCAUGAACCUUUGAGUUUCCGUUCAUGAAUCUAAAGAUGCGGAGUCAGAAAUGAUCUACAAUUGCGUCUGAAGUAAUGGAAGAUGUUUCUUUUACGUUAAUUGUUAAUAUUAACGUUAACAUCAACAGCAGCACCAAGCAGUUAGUAAUAUAAUGAGAUAUAGCUCAGCAUCCUCCAAAGAAGAACACUUCAAACUUUUGUUUAAAUUGAAAUCGUUACCUUUAAAACAAGGCACGAACUGACGACUCCUAUAUAAACCCAAAAUACGCCACAGGAGGAAAC